AUGUCACGUUCGAUAGCAGUGCAACGUCUGAGCGAUGUUGAGAAAAAUACGCUGAUCGAAAUCGUCAGAAGCUAUCCAGCCAUAUGGGACUACAUGGACGAGCAGUACAAGAAUAAUAGCGUGAAACGCCUGUGUUGGAUGAAUGUCUCCAUUGAUAUGGCCCAGCAUUUUGGCCGGGAUUAUGAUGAUGAAUUGUUGCAAAGGAUCUACCGAAAUCUGAAAGAUGUUUAUCAGAGAAAAAGAAAGGAGAGGAACUCAAGCGACGAAGUUUGCGAAUCGCACCGAACUUACUCGUGGCCCUUCUACUCGACUUUCGCCUACCUAGGCGCUGCGAUGACGAGAAAAAAAGCUGAAAUGGAAAGUUGCCAUGAGUCAUGCGAAGUUAAGGCCGAAGAACAGGAAUGCGACGAGGCUGAGGAGGACAAUAUCGAGGAUACGUAUUCGAAUUCCGAGUCCCCGCAAACGAGUGCAUCGACACGUGCAAAAAUCGAUAACACUGUGAAUGGGAGAGAAAGUCCAAGUUGGCACAGGAAGAGGAAACACCCAGACGAUGUGGAAAUGAUGAAAAAACUUCUGCAGAAACGAUGCGAAAGACUUGAUCGCUAUGAUGCCUUAGGUAAUCUUCUCGCCGUCCACUUGAAAGAACUGGACCAAAUGGAUCCGUUGUUGGCCGAAGAAUUUCUACUAAAAGCAAACUCGCUUCAAUACGACGUAGCAGCAAAAAUACUGGAAUUGAAACGUCGUAAAGCACAAUCCUCAUAA